GAGAGAGAGAGAGAGAGAGAGAGGAGAACGGCAGAUGUGUGAGAGAGAGCAGAGAGAAGGAGAUGCUCAGAGAGACCGGACAGUGACCAGAAAGGAGACCAGAGGAAGAAAGAGAAACGAAAGAGACCACUGAGAGAGUGCCUGGGGUUGUAUUGAAAUCUGGAUUGUCUGUAAAGUGGUGUUUGACUUUGGUUCUGUGGCUCUGAGAGACAACGGGAGAUCUGAGAAAAAGUUUUGGGGAGUUCUGUGUUUCACCCUGCCAACAGUAUUACCUGUGUGUGGAAACACUGUGUUACGAGACUGCUACAGGUGUUCUGAAGUGGACAAAAUAGUGGCCAAAGAAAAGAAGGACAGAAAGAGGACAGAUAAAUAGAAAGGAAAGAAAGCUAUACAUUUAGAAAGAAAUAAAGAAGUAAACAGAGAGUAAGCGAGAGAAAAACAAAGCUAGAGACAGACAAAAACAGAUAGACAAAAAGACAGGAUGGCAAACUCGGGUUUCCAGUUACUGGGUUACUUCCUGGCGUUGGGAGGUUGGAUAGGCAUCAUCUCCACCACGGCUCUGCCCCAGUGGAAGCAGUCUUCGUACGCGGGCGACGCCAUCAUCACGGCCGUGGGGCUCUAUGAGGGCCUGUGGAUGAGCUGUGCCUCCCAGAGUACAGGACAGGUGCAGUGCAAGGUGUUUGACUCCAUGUUGUCACUGGAUGUGCACAUCCAGACGUGUCGUGCUCUCAUGGUGGUGUCCGUGCUGUUGGGCUUCAUAGGAAUGAUAGUGAGUGUGGUGGGGAUGAAGUGCACUAAGGUGGGCGACAAUAACCCCACCUCCAAGGGGCUCAUCGCUGUGUCUGGAGGAGCCCUCUUUCUACUCGCAGGUCUGUGUACGCUGGUGUCCGUGUCCUGGUACGCCACUCAGGUGUCCUAUCAGUUCUUCAACCCAAACACGCCAGUCAAUGCCAGGUAUGAGUUUGGGUCAGCCCUGUUUGUGGGAUGGGCAGCGGCCAGCUUGACGGUUUUGGGUGGAUCCUUCCUGUGCUGCUCCUGCUCCAGUGAGGAGAGGCGAGGGCAGCAGUACUACCGCCAAUCACAACCAUCCACAGCCAGGGAGGCAGAGUUGUUGAGUGAGACUAGUUUCCCUGACUGACCACCCCCUGCCUGUCCCCCAGGACUGUCCGAGUUCCGCUCACUGUCUCCCCUUUUCCUGUUCCUUCCUAGAUUCAAAAUUUGGACCCUUGUCUCUCCGCUAUAGUUUAUGUCGCUCCCUCUCUGCCCCCCCACCAACCCCACACCCCCUUCCUAAAUGUCUGCACCUUAUCAGUGUCUGAUAUUAAGGGUCAACACAAUGUCCGCCACCCCUUUAAGAGCUUGCCUCUUCCGUUCCCCCACCCCCACCCCCUGAGCCUGUUUGUAAAUAUAGACUCUUAAAGGAGAAGUGUGGUUAGGUGGUUAGACCCUUAAGACUAGAGGGGCGGUAUUUCACUGUAUUUCAGCCUGUGAACCCUUUACUAGAAAGUCCAUGAUAUCCUUUUAUCUGUUAUUGACUGAACUUUAACUGUAUGAGUGAGACUUGUAUUGUCAUUAUAUUAUGUUGAUUUCUGCUUCACUAAUAUCCUGUGAUUUCUGGGUUGGUAGAAAUGUGCAUUUUGGUUUUGUUCUCUGAGUAUACAAGUGUACAUUUACUGAAACAUGUUUUUUCUUUUAAAUUGCAGACAAAAUGUUAAACAUUCCCCACCAGAGAAAAAGGAGGAAUACUUGUAGUUUGGGUGACUCCUUUGGCCCCACGAUGUGUUAGAUUUUUGGCAACAGGCAAGACACUGUCUAACACAAACAGACAAGAUACUCUCUCUAAGAAAACAGAAGCAGACAAGACAUUCUCAAUAGAAAACAGAAGCAGACAAGACAUUCUCAAUAGAAAACAGAAGCAGACAAGACACUCUCAAUAGAAAAAAGACACUCUCAGAAAGCAAACAAAAUAAACUCAGAAUACACUUUUGAAGUAAUACAUCUGCAGACCAACCCUAAUGGGUAGCUAGUAUUUUACAAUUCUUAAAGAUGCCCAUGUGUUAAAUGUUUAUCAAUGUAUUUUUGAAUCAGUUUUGUACACAAGCAAUAUUAAAGGGUAUUCUGCACAGGUAUUAUCUGUGCUCACAUAUGACAAAUAACUGCUAUUUGGAUAACUGAAAGCGAGUGAACCUGAAUCUGUAAUUCUGUCUGUUUGUAGUCUGUCUUUAGUUUCUGUGAGAGGAAGUCAUUCAGGGUGUGUUUAUAGAACAUAGAAUACAGAAGUGCUCAGGUGUAUAUACCACCACCUCCAGCCUUUCUACUACAUAUUCUCCACUGCAGUGCCUUCUAACAUGCGUGUUUGUGUGUAUGUUUUUGACUGUUAUACACAGAUCCCACAGUGUCACAUCCUACAUGGACAUAUUUUGUCAAAAGUGUCCGUGGGCAUGUCUUUUUCUCUUGCAUGAAAUGUACCAUUCAGACAAACUGUUGCAUGUAGUUUUAUCUUUGAACAUGGAUGUGUACUGUACUGUAGCUAGUAUACCACUUAUAAAAACAACAGAAAGAGAGAUUCCUAAAUGUCCUUAACUGAUGAAAAAGGAUGGCACUGUUGGCACACCUUGUAAAAGCUGUUUGGAAGUGGUACAUGUAGCCCAGAUUGAGGAUAUUACUAUACAUGCAUUCGAUUUAGUUAAGUGCCAAUAUGAUUUAGUGUGGAUGGAAGAUGUGUUUUGUUAUUGACUAUGGCGAAUUUUCUGUACUCCGGGUGCUGAAAGCACUGUCUCCUGUACAGGUCCUUUCCUUAGUAAUGGCCAGUUUGCUGAAUGUAAUCAGGUCAAAUGUGUUUUUCUCUUGCCUACAUUUAUUUACCAUGCGUUUUCUUCAUCUAAUAUUCACUAUUAUUAUUUGAUGUAUCAUUUCAUUUAAAGUAUACUCGUGUAUGUUUAUUUUAGAAUAAAGUAAGCGUAUAAAAAC